CGUGGCGCCGCGCCAUCUCGAUCUCGCGAGUUGUUCCUAAAUCCUGGUUCCAUGGCGACAAAAAUGGGGUCUGAAGGUGACAAAAGUCUUCUAGAAUUGGACGAAGAAAGUCUUUAUAAACAUUUGUUGUUACAGGCCAAUGAGAAUGCUGGUGGGCUGUUUGGAAAUUCUACUCCAGAUCCGAGCCAAGCUGAGGUCAAUGUCGUGACGCCUGAACCGGGAGUCUGCAUCAAGACUAAAGAUAAUUCAGGAAAGAAGGUCUUUGUUAAUCUGUGUAAAACAAGAGAGAUGCCUGCCCCUCAGGAUAUUACUGACUCUGAGCUAGUCAAACUCCUGGACUCGGAUGAGAUAAGCGACUACAGAGUUCCACUUAGUAUUGGAGAACCUCAUGCUGAAAUCGAUAAUUCCGGAAAAGGAUGCACUGCAUAUGAUGUCAUGAUCAACAACGAGUUCUUUGAGAAGGUGGAAAAGAACAACCUUUUCAAGGGAUUCCUCAUGUCUGUAGUCUUUGAAGGAUUGGAACAGAAAUAUAAUAUUCUCUUGAACAGAGAAUGGUCCCAGAUGAAGAAGAGGAAAUGCCUUGGGACACUCCAUCAGCAUCACCUGCGUACCAAGUCGAAACCUCGCAUCCUAGACAUGGGACCAACUGCAGAAGAAGAUAGUCACCAAUCCAGUCGCCAAGAGAGUCAACUUAAACCAAAGCUGCUCAUUUCAGAGAUUUCAGAUGUCAAGCAUUCAAAGGUCACAGAGAUCAUCGACACGGACAGUAGUGAGAAGGCACCCGAACCAAAGUACACCAUCAUGCGAGAACCCAUGGAUGGUCACCCAGAGUUUCUGGUAGUGGAUAUAGAGCUACCGGGAGUGAAGACUGCAAAAACGUUGACCGUGGACUUGGGAGAAGAUCGUAUCUUGCUGCAUGCUCACCCUAAGGCAUAUCAUCUAGAUAUUUAUCUCCCCUUCGACGUAGAUCAAGACUUCAGUGGGUCACAGUUUAACAGAGACACCCAGAUAUUAACAUUAACUCUUCCUGUGCAACCACAAGGAUAGCUAGCCUUCUUUGACUUCAAUGUUGGUUGGCCAAACUUUGAAGAAGUGAUCGGUCACCAAUGGAUGACUUUUCUGUGCAACCACAAGGAUAGCUGGCUGUCUUUGACUUCAAUGUUGGUUGGCCAAACUUUGAACAAGUGACCGGUUACCAAUGGAUGACUCUUCCUGUGCAACCACAAGGAUAGCUGGCCAUAUUUCUCUUCUCUUCAAGCUGGUUGGACACCUAGAAUGAUGGACAGCGGACCAUAUUUUUUCUGAUUUAAGUGCUGGCCUGCCUGGCCAGAUGUUACUGAACCAAGUGACCGGUACUAUGAGAUCUCUCAGAAUAUGAACAUUUAACACUUACAGUGCAACCACAUGGACAGCUGACCUUAUUUCUCAAUACUAAUUGAUCAACAAAGUGACCUGUCACCACUUAAUCUAUCAAGAUGCAUGUAUCAAUGUGGACUCUUCCUGUAAAACUGCAAUAACUGGCCAUAUUUCUCUUCUUCAAUGUUGGUUUGACACACGUGUGUCUCGUUGCAUAAAAGUUAGUAGUAACUCUGCCAUGCAAUGGUAUCUUCCAUGAAGUCCUUGAUUUUGAUUGGCUGUUGGGUCAUGUUACCAUGGUAGUUACCAUUGGAAGGCAGUCUUAUGAAAAUAGUAACUCUUCUGCAACAGGCCCCUGGAACAAAUGACCAGUCACCAUUAGAUCAAGCUCCCUGUGCAACCGAAAAGGAUAAGCUGGCUAUACUUUUCUAUACUGAUGCUGGCUGGACAUUGCUGGACCAAGUGACGGGUCACCUCGAUAUCCCAUAGGAAUACUACAAUGAUUCUCUCUGAAGGACUACAUCCAUCAACACCAGUGGAAAUCUGGGCCCCAUCUUACAAAGUGUUGCGAUUGAUCCGAUCAAUCACCACUAUGGACGGCCAGCAACGUCAUCUAUUAUGCAUGUUUGUUCAAAAUAUCUAUUUUUUCAUUGCUUUCUGGAAAAUUCAAUGUGUUUGUCUUUGUUUACAUUGAGUAUAUUUCCUGUAGAAAAAAUAUGACACUGAUGGAUUUCCAUAGAGUUAAAUUGAUUGGAUCAAUUUUAACUCUUUGUAAGACAGGGCCUUGUGUGUAUCAUUUACCACAAAAGGGGAUCCCAAGUCCUGCAUAAAGUCCCUUGAAACAUAUGAACAGCUUUAUGAAACAUCCACCUGGUUUGGCAUAGCUGGACCAAGCAGGUUACCACUGGAUCUUUGACUGGCUGGUCAUUGCAUGGCCAAGUGACUAAUCACCACAAAAUCUCCCACGAUACGAAUAUUGAUCACUUUCUGUGUAACCACGAGGAUAAAGUGGCUGGAUGCACAAAGUAUCAUUAAACUUGAAAAUAAAGCACCUACAUUAAAGGUUGCGGUAUAUCAUGCUUGACAGUGUCCAGUGCCCCACCCUGUAGAGCUAAAAGGGAAUGAUUGGUACAUGUAGUUGUGUCAUGUAAUGUGUGAUUUUGAAAGAGACCCCAGCUCAUCAGGCUGCUGGUCAUUUUGUGAGAGUUAGGAUUUUCUCCAUUGAAUCAAGAGAUCAGUUUCUAUGGUAACCUGUAGAAUCUUCUCGGUUGCUGGUCUGGUUUUUAUGACUAUUUUUUUUUGGAAAAGAAUUAAUCUAAUAAAUUCCUUGGAAAAUUUAAA